AUGCCCAUCCUCAAUGGGGUUACCCUCGACCUCGAACCGGGUGAGGUAGUGGCCCUUCUAGGCCCUAAUGGGUGCGGCAAGAGUAGCUUCGCUCGAACCCUCAUGGGCGACUCGCAAUAUGUGGUUACUCAUGGUGGAGUUGAAAUGAAGGGGGAGGAUGUGUUGUCACUGGAUGUCGAUGAGCGUGCCUCCAAGCUCGGUUUGUUCAUGUCGUGGCAGGCCCCUGUUGAGGUGCCUGGUUUGACUAACUUCACCUUAUUGCAUGCAGCAUUGAAUGCAACCAGGCAGGCUAAGAAUCUACCACAAUUAUCGCCCUUUGAGUUUUAUGACUUUGCCAAGUCUCGGCUGAUGGAGGUCGAACGAGGGGAGGAGCUGUUGGAGUAUCUGGAUAGACCUGUUAAUACGGGGAUGUCGGGUGGUGAACGGAAACGUGUAGAGCUCCUACAUGCAGUAGUGCUACGACCUAGACUUUGCAUCUUUGAUGAGAUCGAUAGUGGCCUCGACGUAGAUGCUCUAAGACAAGUAGCUACCACCCUCCGGUCCUUACGUGAGGUGGAUCCGUCUAUAACGAUGCUGAUAGUAUCCCACUACAAGCGAAUGCUGGAUGAGCUACACCCCACUAGGGUGUUGGUAAUGCAGGAUGGUGUAAUAGUACAUCAAGGCGGCCCUGACCUCAUCAAUGUGGUGGAUAGAGGAGGCUUCAAGGGGGGAUGGUUGCAACAACAACAACAAGAAGAUGAUGAUGAUGACCCCUGA